CGGAGGGCGCGGCGCAGUGCAUCUUGGGUCGGCGUAGCCAUGGCGGCUCGUGUCCUUUCCGCUUGUGUCCGCCGACUGCCCGCGGCCUUCGCGCCGCUGCCCCGGGUUCCCACGAUGGCCGCAGCCCGGCCGCUCAGCAUCACCCUGUGCCCCGCGGGGUCCCGGACGAGGCCUGGGGCUCCGCCGACAGCCUCGGCGCCUGCGCAGGUUCCGCUGACACAGCUGUGCCGCCAGUAUAGCGACGCACCCCCUCUGACGUUAGAGGGGAUCAAGGACCGUGUUCUUUAUGUGUUGAAACUUUAUGACAAGAUUGACCCAGAAAAGCUCUCGGUAAAUUCCCACUUUAUGAAAGACCUGGGCUUAGACAGUUUGGACCAAGUGGAAAUUAUCAUGGCCAUGGAGGACGAAUUUGGGUUUGAAAUUCCUGAUACAGAUGCGGAGAAGUUAAUGUGUCCACAAGAAAUUGUAGAUUACAUUGCAGAUAAGAAGGAUGUAUAUGAAUAAAAUAUCAGACCCCCUUUUUUCACUGAGAGAAGAGUUGGAAGAUGCUGGCGAGUGUCUGGAAGUGAGAACGCGUUUUGGCAUUAUUGCUGCCGUUGACAGAGUAAUUCUGUUUAGACUUGUAUUUAAAUUGUCUGUUUUUUCCUUUGAAAAUAAAUCUAUAAAGCCAACA